CAGUAAGAAGAUAAUAUCCAUGUAAGCUCUCUAAGAGAGGGAUAUAUUGGAUUCGAGGAAUACAAGUAGAUAGAUAAAGUGGAACUCUGGAAGAUGAUGAAGACGAUGGGAAUGUCUUCAUUUUCUAGUUCGACGUUUCUCUUUACUCCUCUUCACUUUGCCAAUGGCGGCAGCAGCAGCAGAAGCUACCACGCUCAUAUCCCGAAGAACACAGCCACUAUCUUUCUCUCUUCUUCUUUGCUUCCACUUUCCCAAUCAGCCCAUUUCCCUUCUCUUUCUGUUUUCCCUAAUAUAGAUUCCAAUAGAUUGCGGGCUUCUGCUUUUAACAAAGGAAGAAAAGGCGGCGGUGGCACUACCCUCUUCGAAAUGGAUGGUUCUGACGAGGACAACGACGGCGACGAAUUCAUUGAUUUUGAUGAUGAAUUCGACGCCGACGAUGAGGACGGCGAUGAGGCCAUGUUUCUUCCGCUUGGUAAAAUGAAGAAGUGGCUCGAGAACAAGCCCCGUGGGUUCGGUGAAGGGAAAGUGUACGAUACUUCUAUUGAAGAAAAACUGCUUGAAGAAAUAGAGCAAAGCAGACAAGCACAAACGGUUAAUGUCAACAACCUUAAAAACAAUCCUGUCAAGCCUGGUUCCAAGAAAGGUGAUCAGCAAAACAAGAAAGCUGAAAGUGUUCCAAGUGGAAUUCGUGUGAGAGUGGGCAAUCUUCCUAAGAAAAAGAAUAUUCACAGGGAUUUGAAAGCUGCUUUCGAUGGGGUUUCUGGGAUAAUUAAUAUAUCUCCAGCUGUUUCUGGGAAUAAGAAGACUAAAGACCCUGUUUGCAAAGGUUUUGCCUUCGUUGAAUUUAAGCAUGAGGUGGAUGCAAUUAGGUUUGUGCAAAUUUUCUCUGGACAUAAUCUCACCUUUGGUAGGAUUCAGAAGCAAAUAAAAUGUGAGAUGAUAAAUUCACUUUCGCACAGUCCUGCUCAUGAAGAAUUGUGGGACAAUGGAUCCAUCACAGAGGAAGUGGCAAUUUCUCACUUCGUAGAUGGUCCGAAUGCUAAUUUCGAUAUGAAGAACUCUUCCUCAGAUUUAUCAUUGGAAAGUGUAUCUGAUGAAGUUGACGACCAUGAUGAUGAGCUUGUAUCUGAUGAAUUUGAUGAUCUGGAUGAUGAGCUUGUAUCUGAUGAAUUUGAUGACCAAGAUGAUGAGUUUGAUGAAGUAGAAGUAGGAGAAGGUAGAAACAAUCUUAAUGCUAUUAGUGAAGCAGAGGCAAGUACUGCUGAUAUCAUGGAACCGAGGUUUAAGCGUGCAGCUGCUGAUUUGAUAGCCUUAACUCCGCUGGAACGAAUUAGGGCUCUUGAGCAAAAGCUACUUGCAAGAGGGAAACAGCAAAGAGUUCCAAAAGAACAAAAAGGUCAAAAGCUAGAAAGAGUUGGGUCUAAUAAUAAGAAAAAGGUAGUUGCUAAACAAAACCAACAAAAAGUUACGAAAGAGCAAAAGGUUCAAAAGCUCGAUAUUCCAGGAUCUGCGAAGAGGUUAAAGAUUAAGGAAAAGGCACAGCUAACAGGGGCCUUCUCCAAAUAUGGGUUGAAAACUCCUUCGAAUUCCAAGGAAGAGUCUUAGUAAGCAGCAAAUGUGUAAGCGAAUUUGAUAUUUUACUAGUUCUAGUAAAAACUUAUACAUUCUUUUUUA